CGAAAUCUGAACCCAAUACCCUAUUAUGCACAAUACAUGGGGCACAAGCUGCAUGUGGAUCAGAAUGAGAAGCUUGUUAUGUUUGGAGUGACCCAUGUAAUGGCUAUCGAUGGUUUCAGCAAGAAGGUUGUCAGUCACUUCACUAUGCCGAUAAAGAACAACAUCCUCAUUUAUGAGGAAGUGUACAGACCUGCUGUACUUUCCUAUGGACUAUGGGAUCAGGUCAGAGUUGACUGUGGGAAAGAGUUUUAUCUGGCAUUAUUCAUACAGGAAAAGCUGUCAGAAUACAGACAUAAUACACAAAGGCAGCCUUACCUUCAGACUCCUUCUACAAGGAACCAUGUGAUCGAGAGAAUGUGGUCAGAGGUGAAUGCCAGAGUCAACUACCCUUUAAAGACAGCUUUGGUAGAGAUGGUGGACCAAGAGGAAGUUGAUAUGGAGGACAACACGUCAAAGUAUUGUGUGUCAAACCUGACAUGUCAGCUGGCUAGGAUUGGCAUCACAAAAGUCACAGAGGCAUGGAAUGCACACAGGAUCCCGGGAAAGGGAAUACCAAAUGAACUGGCUAAAGAAGGGUGUCCUGCAAAAAUUCCUGCGGACCUUCUGCCUGUUGGUUCUGUUGCAGCUGACCUCUAUCACCAGGGCCCAGUUUUUCAAAGUAAUCCACUGGAUUUUGGAUAA